CCGAGUCGUAAUACUGGCAGCAAGUACUCUUAUUCUGUGCACGCUCAAACUCGACAUCGUCCUUAAUGGCGACAACUACAGAUAAUGCAGCUCAGCUUAUAUUUGCGCCAAAUGUCUUGCACAAUCAAGCGUUGACAUCUGUCAAAUUCCUAUCCUCUUGCUUUGCUGGUGCUGUUGCAGGAAUCCUCGGACUAGAGAACUGGCUGGGAUUCGCACUCUUUAUAGCAUCCAUCGUUUCAACCUCAUUUAUUAUUUACGCCAUAAACUGCAGAGGGAAACCUGCGAAGUACCUGCCUGGCGGACUUGGGGAGCUGGUGAACCCUGGCCAAGAUAACAUCUUUACAUUUAUUCUUGUAUGGACAUUGUUUUAUGGCAUCAUACAUGUGUACGACUGAACGGACAAUUCGCUUUUCCGUCUCGUUCAGACCUUUAUCCACGUGUGUCAUUCCUUAUUAUUUUGGGAAUGAGCUUAUCGAUGCCAGAGCACUAUUGUAGUGUGCAUACACCUGCAGACACACGAAGGUCGCAUGAUCAAUAUCCACAUAUUUCCUUGGCAUAAUUUAAUAUUUCACUCGAUAACCUA